AUGGAUUCCCAACAUUCUUACGAUUUGUUAGUGAAAGGCAUUCAGUCCAUCGAUGUCACGGGAGAUUUCAAUCCUUGUAAACUUUUGCUCACAGGAGACCAAGCCCAGCCGGUGCUUAAGGAUUCAAAGGGGCAAGUUCUCAUAGCUGCAGCCCAAUAUGGGAAAGGCCGGAUGGUGGUCAUGGGGCAUGAAGCCAUGUUAAAGCUUCCCCAGUUCUUGCCGUUCAUUAAAAAUGCUCUGGAUUGGCUCAAACCUUCCCCAUCUUCUCCAACUGAACUCAUAGGAGUCCACAGAAGCCUGGAUGCCCUCUCCAAAUUGCUCCUCAGUAAUGGCAUUAAAGUUCAUCCAGAUGCAACACUUGGGGACUCUCCUGGGGUCUUCUGCAGAGAUGCCUACGAGAGUGCGCAGGCUGAUGACCUUGUGCAAUUCGUAAAGAGAGGUGGUGGACUGCUUAUUGGUGGCCAAGCUUGGCACUGGUCAUCUGAACAUGGGAAGGAGGCAGUCCUGGUUCGUUUUCCUGGAAACCUGGUGACCAGUGUGGCUGGAGUGUAUUUCACUGGCAAUGUGGGAGAAAAUGGUGUUUUCUCUGUGUCUGAAAAAAUUCCCAGGAUUCCCCUGAUCACUGAGCAUGGAUUAGACAUAGAAAGGGAUUUACUGAUUCUUCUGAAUGGAGUGGACAGACUCAACGUAAAGGGUCUACUCUUACCAUCUCCCUUGCUUGUCCAUGGGGCCUUGGCAUUUCCAAUUGGCAUAAGUGAUAAAUACCAUUGCUUCCUGGCAGCUGCAUACUACGGUCGAGGCCGCAUUAUAGUUGCCGGUCGUGAAGGCUUCCUCGAAAUGCCAUCAAUGAUAUGUUUCUUCCUCAAUGUCAUCAAUUGGCUUUCUGCUGGAACUGUAAGAAAGCUGGGCAUUGGAAACAGUUUAGAGGGACUUUACUCCAUGUUAGACGAAGCAUUGAUUCCCUGUGAGCUAACCAACUUUAAGGAAGGCCUAGGCAUAUACUGUUGUACGGUCUACGAUAUCAAAGAUACGGAAGGCAUCCAUGAAUUUGUUUCUGAAGGAGGAGGACUCCUAAUUGGGGGUCAGUCUUGGUAUUGGACUUCUGUGAAUCCUGACUCCAGUGCUAUUGCAGAAUAUCCAGGAAAUAAGAUCCUGAAUAAGUUUGGAAUUGGGAUUGUUGGAAAAUUUAUUGAACUAUAUGAAAACAGCCUUCCUGUCGGAGAGGUCAGCGAAAUAGCUUCCACUUAUCAUUUCCGGAAAGCAUUAUUGCUGUUCAAGAAACAUAUCCGAAAUGAGAAGGGUCUAAAACCACCAUAUUCCUUCUGGCUCCAGAAGUUGGUGCAAGACAUUACGAUAUUCCUUGAGAUCCCAGCUAUGAACUCCCGUCCUUUCUCUUCAGUUCAUGAAGAAGUUCUAGAGUUUGUUCAAAUUAAAGGGAUUCCUGCAAUCACUGUACAUAACUCAGUCCAUGCCUAUACAGACCAUGCCACCUUACUUCAAAUAGCUUCUGUGCUCUAUAACAUUCUACCAGAGUUUCAAGACUUAGUACCCAGCCUGAUGCCAAAUGAUCCAAACUCUUAUCCAAUAGCACCUCCUCAAAACAUUCAAGUAAAUGGAAGCAAUGCAGGAAAUGAAGCUUGGAGAAGCACUGGCAUGUAUGCUCCUCCAGCAUCAACGGUCACUUUAUUAUUCCCAGCCUCCACCCUCAGUGCAAAAUUGCAGGUGCAGAUUGGGUGCCAUAUUGAUGAUUUAGUCAAAGACACGAGAUGGAGGCGUCCUCCAGUAGUAACAAGGCGAUUUAAGGUGCAGACUGCGAAGAUGGAGAUCUCCAGUUUGUGGGGAGGCCUCCUGUACAUCAUUGUACCAGAGAACUCUUCAUUGGGCUACUUCUCUGUCACCAUCGAAGGGGCCACCCAGGCUCCUUAUUUCAAGCAUGGUGGAACCAGCCUCCAGAAUUGGCAAAAUACUAUCCGCCACUAUCCCGCUCCCUGGGCGGAACUAGAAACCGAAAAUAUCAUCCUCACACUGCCGUCAGAUGCUGUACGUAAUCACGAUGCAAUCCCUUUCCUGCUCCAGACCUGGGAUCAGAUGAUGAGCGCCAUCACCCACUUAGCAGCCAUCUCUCCUAUUUUUCCCAGACCAGAGAGGAUUGUGGCAGAUGUUCAAAUAUCAGAAAAUUCGGUGCGCACUGGCUAUCCAAUCAUAAUUAAUCUGGGGUCCGUGCCUGCCUUCAUAAAUGUGCAAGAUUUCUACGCCAAAGGAAUUUGGGACCCAAUCUACAAACUGGGUUAUAACCAGCAGAAAAAUGGGUGGGAAUUCCCACCCCAUACCAAGGAAGCCACCUGCAACCUCUGGCCCGUUUACGUCAAUGAGACCGUGCUGAACAUCUCCCGAGAAAUAGCCCACUCAGAGCUUCAACCGCAUACAAGAAAGGAGAGGAUUGAGAACUACAUUAGAAAUGGAGCUAAUCUGAACGACUUUGAAGAGUUCACUGCAUUUGAACCCUAUUUGCAGCUGCAGGAAGCCUUUGGGUGGGACCCCUACAUUCAAAUUUUAGCAAAAUACCAAACCAUGAGGAACAUCCCAUAUGAGAAAAAUGACAAGAUGAACCUGUGGGUAGAAACCUUCUCUCAGGAAGUCAACAGAAACCUGGCUCCUUUCUUCAAAACCUGGGGGUGGCCCAUUGAGGACACUGUCUCCGAGAAUCUGGCCUCAAUCUACCCUGCUUGGGCUGAGGAUCCCAUGAUAGAGUACCGGCACUCUUGAAGGACCAGAAGCCAAGAUCAUCCUCAUCAGAGAAGACUGGGGGAGCAAUUGGGGGGAUGUUAUACUCAAAAGUGAGCCUGAUAAAAUGAAUGAACUUGGA